AUGGAUGACGGACGGGAGCGAGCGACGCGACGUGGACCCGCGUGGGUGGGAGGUGACGCGCACGGCGUCGCGCGGUCGAUACGCACGGACGCGCGCGAGGACCGGACGACGACGGGACGGCGCGACGCGAGCGGUGGACGGACGUCUGGAAUCGAUUCAAUCCAUCGUCCGCGUGCGCGGUGGGCGAUGCGGCGGGGCUUGAGCUUUGAUUCCAGCGACGAUGGUUCGGUCGAGGACGAUGAUGGGACGCAACGACGAUCGACGUCGUUUACGGACAGAACCGGACCCGGAUCGACGCUGCGAAGGCUGCUGUCGAGACGGAAAUCUAAUCCGGGCGACGUCGAGGCGGCGCUGCGGGACGUCGAGGCGCGCGAAUCGAGCGAACGUAGACGAGAACCGGAAACGAGCGCGAGAGGGAGAACGCUGCGAGCGCGCGUCAAUCUUAAGGGUGGGGACGUGUACAGAGGGCCGUGGAUCGAUGGAGCGCCCGUGGGGUUCGGAAGGUACUCGUGGGCGAACGGAAGCGAGUACGCCGGGGAGUUCGUCAAUGGAGAGCCGAGCGGGAGCGGGACAUACGACUGGGCGAGCGGAGGCGUGUAUAAGGGAGAGUUCGAGCGCGGCAAGAUGAAUGGGACUGGCACGUACACGUCUCCGAGCGGGACCGAGUACCACGGGUCGUGGAAGGACGGAAAGAAGCACGGUUGGGGGAUGCAAAGAUUUGCGAAUGACGACCGAUACGAGGGUAUGUGGAAGGAUGGUCUCGCUCACGGACCGGGGACGUACCGGUGGAGCUCACGAGACGGUGAGGAAGGGCAGGAUGAGUUCGAUGGGGAGUGGCUUGAUGGUAUGAUGCACGGAUGGGGGACCUUACGAUGGGCGUCGGGAGAUCGAUACGACGGUAACUGGUGCAAGGGUGAAAUAUCCGGACACGGCAGCUUGACUUGGCGAGACGGUUCGUCCUUCAGUGGACAGUGGAAACGAGGCAAAAGAGAUGGUUCUGGUGCGUUCAUGAUGCCACCGAUGCAAGAGAAGGAUACUGGUGGAUUUCUUAGGUCAAUCAGCAACAUUGGUGGCCUAAAGCGUUUGCAACCGAAGACAAGUUUUGAAGAAGUUGAACAAGCUGAUGAGUCGACAGAGAUCGACGAUGCAUACGUAUUACUCUGCAAAUGCUCUGAGGACAAGGUUGUAGACCAGGAAGUCGUCGAAUCUGAGCGUGUUGGCCACAAGCACUCAACGUGGUUGAGUAGUCCAAUGACUAGUAGAUCUCAGAAGGUUCGGCAAGUACUCCAUGGGGAGACCAUUUACAAAGGUCAUGGAAGCUAUGAAUUGAUGAUCCAACUUCGCAUGGGGAUUCGGUGGAGCGUCGGAACGACAAAAGGCGUCGCCAGCAUGAAGUUGGCUCCCGCCGACUUUGAACGGACUGUCAGACAAAUAUUUCCACGAAGCGGUUCAAGCGCUACGCCUCCUCACUUCGCGCGGACCUUCAAAUGGAAAGAGUACAGGCCGGAAGUGUUUCGAAAACUCAGAGCUCGAUGGAACGUGGAUCCCGCCGAUUUCGUGCUUUCAUUGUGCGGUGAUCAAGCACUCAGAGAGCUCGCAUCCCCUGGUAAGUCGGGGAGUGUAUUUUAUGUCUCUCACGACGACAAAUUCAUCAUAAAAACUAUGCGAAAAUCGGAGAUGCUCAACUUGAAAUCUUGGCUGCACUUGUACUACAAGCACGUGCACGAGUACCCCGAGUCAUUGCUGCCCAAAUUUUUUGGUAUUUACAGCAUCAAAGCACUGGGUAGCGCGACCAAAGUACGCGUUGUCGUCAUGGCGAAUUUGUUUCCUUCAAAGUAUCCGAUACAUAGGACCUUUGAUCUCAAAGGCUCGAGACAUGGGCGAUUUACGAAGCCGACGAGCGUCGGUAAUGAAAAUCCAACCGUGUUCAAAGACUUGGACAUCUCGUCGAAGUUUCGCGUCGAAGAGGGGAAAAGGGAUAAGCUCUUGCACCAACUGAGAACCGACUGCGCGCUUUUGCAGCGCUUGAGGGUGAUGGACUACAGCUUACUUGUCGGUGUUCACAUUCUCCCCCCGUCGCCCAGUCAAGGUGAUGUAUCAUCGCCUGUCGGAGGUCACGACCGUGGAGACUCGUACGACAGCUCACCGACUUGGGGUGGCGUAGAGUGGCGAGAGCAGGCCAUCCAGGCAGUUCGACAAAACUUCAAGGCCUUGGAUCUGUACGAAAGUAGAAAAAAAUUCGGUUUCGCGCACAGUAUUGAUACCACAGCCGCAAGUACCGGAAAGUCACUCCGCCCGCCGCCGGGGACAGAUGAGCUCCUCGCGCGCUCAGCGGGAGCAGAGACCAGGCUCGGAGUCGCUAUGUCUGCCGUUGCCGUGCACGGGCGCGUAAUUAAGAAGCAGCAUCAGCUACCAAAAGGUAAGAGCGCGCUUGAGGAGCACAGUGAGCCGCAUGAUGUCAUCCUUCACAUGGGCAUCAUCGACAUCUUGCAAGAGUACACGACGUCAAAGAGCUUGGAGACAAAAAUGAUGGGAGCGAUGGGGAAGAAAUCCUUCUCAUCAAUCGAACCGACUGCAUACUCGAAACGUUUCCUCAAGUUCAUCACUAGAUUGUUUGAGUAA